AUGUCUAAUGCAUACACGUGCAUAACAUGCCAAGUGCUCUUCAAAACUGCCGAUUUACAACGAGAACAUUACAAGUUGGAUUGGCACAGAUAUAAUUUGAAACGAAAAGUCGCAUCUAUACCACCAGUAACAUUGGAAGAAUUCGAGGAAAGGGCAAAACUACACAGGGAGCAGGCUGAAAAUGUUGAUAAAGAUGAAUCUAUUUACUGCAAGUGUUGCUCUAAGUUAUUUAAUUCCAAAAACACAUAUAACAAUCAUUUAAAUAGUAAAAAACACAAAUUAGCUGAAGAAAAAACGUUGAAUGAUAAAAAAGAAGAAGAGGAAAGUUCAGACAGUAAUAGUUUUGAAAAAGUUGAAGCAAAUAAGUCUUCAGUGCAACCAGGAAAAUUUGUUGUCGUAAAUACCGAAGAUUCUUGUGAUGAAGAUAUUGAAACAGAUUCAGAAAUUGAGGAGCUUGAUUCUGAUGAAUGGGAGGAAUGUCGAAUCAAGGGUAGCGACUCCUUAAUCAAACCAAAGGACUGCUUAUUUUGUGGCCAUCACAGCAAGAAUAUGGUAAAAAAUUUAAAGCACAUGUCAGAAUCACAUUCGUUCUUCAUUCCUGACAUAGAAUAUUGUGUGGACGUAAGAGGACUGUUAUUAUAUCUAGGAGAAAAGAUUUCACAAGGAUUUAUGUGCCUAUGGUGUAAUGAAGUUGGUAGAACCUUUUACUCUAUGGAAGCAGCUCAGGCCCAUAUGAUUGACAAAGGUCAUUGUAAGAUGUUACAUGAAGGCAUUGCACUGGCUGAAUAUGCUGAUUAUUAUGACUAUAGUGCAUCAUAUCCUGACCAUAAUGAAGGAGAAGAUAAUAUGGAUAUGGAUGAAGAAGUAGAAGGUCCCACAACAUUAGGAGGUGAAGACUUCCAGUUGGUGCUUCCAUCUGGGGUUACUGUUGGCCAUAGAUCUCUAAUGAGGUAUUACAAACAAAAUGUAACACAGAACAGUCAGGCACUUGUCAAGAAGUCAGACAGGAAAUUGCACCGAUUGUUAGGAGUUUACAGAGCGUUAGGAUGGGCGCCUAAGGAACAAGCUUUGGCAGCCAAGAAAGCUCGGGACAUUCACUUUAUGAAGCGCGUUCAAGCAAAAUGGCAAAUGAAGAUGUCUCUCAAAAACAAUAAGUUCCAAAAGCAUUAUCGGCCACAAGUUAACUUU